ACAGUUUAUUAAAUCGCAAUAAAGUUUUAUGGCACAAAACAUGUAAUAUAAUUUUAGCGCCGUUUCAAAAGUAGAUGUGUCCUGCAAUUUAAACGGCCUUUAUUUCAUUCCUUAGGCACUGAAAACAGACAGAAAGGACGGGAAAAUCGGUAGUAACCGCCAUUCGCAAAGCGCAGUGAUACAUUUGAUGUCAUUAUGUGUCCAGUAUUGUUUCGUGCAUCAGCGCAGGAACCCUCGCACUCCGCCAGGCAAACGGGAUACUGUGUUAUAAACUCGGUGUUUUCGUAAUGAUAAUUGCGUAAUAAAGAAAAAAGUGCGUGAAGAAAUGCAAAGAUACCGAAAACUGGGAAGUACUUCACGUGCAAUCACUAAUUCACGUCCCGCAUCAGCAACUUCUUAAACGGGGAUUGAGACCCCCUGAUUCUGUUGUUAUUUAAUGAAAACAACUGUAUUUUAUUUUUGUUUUUUUUCUUUUUCAUUGAAAAAGUUGCACAAUUGUUUCAGUCGCUGUUUUGCAGAAAAACACACCCAUUAGUGAGGUCAUCGAUUUCACGUAAAUGUAUUGGAGGAAGGAGAGUAGGUGGUCCCAUUUAAAAUGUACGUCACGCGUGAGGAAGAAACAUUUUCUCUCAUGGUGUCCGUUUCGUGUGUUUAGUCAACAAGAGGACGAUUUACCUGCGUUUCUCCAAAUUUCAAGGUGUUUCAGAGUUACGGAAGCUUCAGGAUGAUGCACCAUCUCAAACAGUCAUGUGGGACAGGGUACGUUUCCCUGAUUUUCUUUCUUUCUGCUAUCGUGAAUACUGCGUCUUCAAUCACCCAUUAUUCUAUUCCUGAAGAAAUGGAGGAAGGUUCUGUUGUUGCAAAUUUAGCAACCGACCUGAGAUUAGAUGUGAAGACGCUGAAUGAAAGAAAAAUGCGCGUGGAUGUAGUAGCUAACAAAAAAUACCUCGACAUUAACAAGGUAACGGGGGAGCUGUUCAUUUUAGAAAGGAUUGACCGUGAGUUUUUGUGUCCAUCGAAGACAACAUCAUACUGCGUUCUUAAAUUAGACGCUACUAUCGAGAAUCCUGUGCGGAUGUUUAAUAUUGAGGUUGAAAUAACGGACAUUAAUGACAACUCUCCACAUUUUCGAAGGGGGACGAUGCAUUUGGACAUUUCUGAAUCAAGUCCAGUGGGGGAGAGAUUCUCACUGAAUAAUGCUGCAGACCCAGAUGUUGGAACAAAUUCUGUGAAAAAUUACCAUCUGAGCUCAAGUGAACAUUUCUCAGUUGAAAUUCAGACCGGGAGAGACGGGACAAAGUUCGCAGACUUGAUUUUAAAAAAACCUUUAGACAGGGAGAAGCAGGCUGUUCAUAAUCUAAUACUCACUGCUGUGGACGGUGGCGUCCCCACCCGCACAGGUACAGCCAGCAUUAUUGUUCGCGUGCUUGAUGUCAACGACAACGCGCCUUCUUUUGAAAAAGCAAAAUAUGACGUAGAUGUGAUGGAAAACUCUCCAAUUGGGAGUCUAGUAAUUAAACUGAAUGCCACUGAUGUAGAUGAAGGAUCCAAUUCUGAGAUUGUUUAUUCAUACAGUUUGUAUACAUCAGAAAGGACCCAAAAGAUGUUUAACCUGAAUCCAGAAAAUGGUGAGAUCAGAGUCAAAGAGAUGAUAAAUUAUGAAGAUUUAAAACUUUAUGAAAUGGAAGUUAUAGCCAGUGAUAAGGGACCUAACUCAUUAUCUGGACAGUGUAAACUUACAAUACAGGUGACAGAUAUGAAUGAUAAUCACCCAGAAAUUUCCAUUAAGUCAUUUCAAAGCCCAAUAAAAGAAGACACACCCACAGACACAGUGAUAGCUGUAGUUAGUGUCAGUGAUAAAGAUUCAGGUGAUAAUGGAAUAGUUGAUCUUCAUAUUCCAGAAAAGAUGCCUUUCAAACUGAGGGAGUCCUCUGAUAACUAUUUUGAAUUAGUAGUGUCAGAGCCAUUGGACCGUGAGAAGGUGCCAGAAUAUGACAUCACUUUCACUGUGACAGACAGAGGCUCUCCUCCUUUAUCUGACAAUGAAACUAUGACUUUAGAGCUGCUGGAUGUUAAUGAUAAUGUCCCACAGUUCCCCCAGUCAUUUUAUACUAUACGUGUCAUGGAGAAUAAUGCACCUGGGGCCUUGCUCAGCUCACUCACUGCCUUUGACCCAGACCUCCAUGAAAACCAGUAUCUAGUUUAUUUCAUAAUAGAGAAGGAGAUAGCCAACACCUCCAUGUCUAUGCUGUUCUCCAUCAAUCCAGAGAACGGUAAUCUUUACGCACUCAAAACCUUUGAUUAUGAGAUCGAGGAAGAGUUUCUGUUCCACAUCGAGGCCAGAGACUCUGGAUCUCCUCCUCUCAGCAGUAACGUGACCGUCCACAUCAUUAUUGUGGACCAGAACGACAAUGCUCCGGUUAUUGUGUCUCCGUGGCGUGCACACGGCUCUAUGGUGGAGGAAAAGAUCCCCAGAUCCACUGAUAAAGGAUCCCUGGUUGCCAAGGUGAUAGCCUUAGAUACUGACUCUGUGCACAACUCUCGGAUCACCUACCAGUUUCUACAGGUGACUGACGCCACCUUGUUCAGUCUGGAUCAAUACAAUGGAGAGAUCCGGACUAUGAGGAUGUUCAGUUACAGAGAUCCACGCCACCAGAGACUGGUUGUUGUAGCCAAGGACAAUGGAGAGCCUGCUCUCUCUGCUACAGUCACCAUCAAGCUGACCACAAUGGAGACUGCUGUUAAAGCCUACUCUGACAUGACUGAGGAGCCUCUGGAAUAUGACAUCUUCUCAGACAUCAACCUGUAUUUGGUCAUCGGUCUGGGCUCGGUGUCAUUUCUGCUGCUCAUCACCAUAUUGGUCACCAUCGUGAUCAAGUGUCAGAAACCCAAGCCCAGCAAAGCAGCUCCUCCCUCCAGGAACAGUGUGAUCAGUGAGAGGAACUCCACCAUCGCAGACUCCACUCUGGUCUCCAACGAUGCCUACUGGUACAGUCUGUUUCUAGCAGAGACCAGGAAAGGAAAGCUGGUGGUUAGACAGCCUCUGCCAAAGGGCUCCAGGUACAUUGUGUCCAGCAUACCCAGAGGGACAGGGCUGACAGACACUAGUGACUCAGCAGCUUCUACUCUGCAGUACCCUAAAUGAAGGAAGUCCGCUCUGCAGUUGGAGGCAUCCACAACCAGCAGCAGUAGUUCCACAUAAGACCCCCAUCCACCUGAGGCGUACAGGAUUAACACUGACAAGAAUGGCUUCACAGAGGAAAGAAGAAACCUCUAACCAUACACCCCCCUCCAGGUCUGUCCUGCUGAGUCUGUAAAAAAAUGGCCCAGCGCUUUGUCUUUGAACCCAUGAAAAGCCAGUCAACAAUGCAUCCCUGUCCAUUCAGUAUGCAUGAUAAGACAGCAUGGUUUCAACCACACUUCAACUGUCAUAUAUUAAAAAGAAAAUUUCAAGAGAAGAUGCAAUGAAAUGGACUAUCUGAAAAACUGUGCCAGGGGAUAUUAAAAGAAGCCACAUCAAAGAGUAAAAAAGUGGACAUGGAAAUGUUGAAAUGCCUUGAAAAUACACUCUCUCUCUCUGUCUCUCUCUGUCUCUUCAAAAAAUGAAACGCAUAAGAUAUCAUAUUUUUAACUGCUCUGCUUUGUCUUGGUCCACUACAGCUUUGUUGUAUGAUAAAUAGGGUAACUAAGGUGUGAAAUAGCACAAUUAACUAAACAUCAGAAAAGCACCAACCUACAGUUUUAAUGUAUGAAAUAAGAGAAAAUCAGUAUUUUGUAAAUGUGGUAACUUUGAGUACUUUUAUGUUUUGUACUUAACUUUGUGCUUUAUAUGUGAACUAGGCCUGAAGAUACUGUAUGACUUAGAGUGCUGAGAGAUAAGAUCAAUAAGUGUACAUAACAGAAAAGAUCAAGGCCUUUAGCCAUUAUGCCUUUAAGUUGUUUUUGCAUGGAAGAAUUCAAGUACUUUUGACAGCUUUAGUUAUUUUAUUAUAUUAAGCAACAUUUUUGCAGUUAAGUCUCACUGUUUCACUUGAUUUUUUUUAACAAUAUGGAAAGAUUUUAAUGGGACAAUAAUGGCAGUAAAUCAGUGUAACACCUUUAAUCAUGAUGUCCUAAGAGGUUUAGAAGAUGUCAAAAAAAUCUAUAAAACAGCUGACAGCACAAUGACAUUGCUUUGGACUCAGAAAAUGAUUUAAUCAAAGCCUAAAUUAAAAUGUACAAUAUCCCUUAUUGUUUAUUUUAUGAGCUCCUCCAGAAUGACGCUUGGAUUUUAAAUGCAACACAAGUGAAUACAGUGAGCCUUUAGCACUCUGUACAGUAUAUGCACCACAAACAUGAACAUGUACAGUCACCUGUCAAUGUCUAAAUCCAAGUUCUGGCUGUUCCUUCAUUUUGAUGUCUUCUGCAGUGUUUAAAACCGAAGAACCAAACAUGUUCGUUUAAUCCUUACACUUCAGAAACAAUGUUGUUAUGGUUGAUUUCACUCAAUGAAAGCUGUUCUAAUGUUUAUCACUGACUAACUGUAUGUCUUUGGAUAUGCAUAUGCAGCACCUUAUCUAGGAUACAGAUAUAAUUCAUAUAUACAGUAUCUCAUUUGUAUGUAUCUAUGAAUAUGCCUUUCAUUUUCAGUACCAGUGCUUUUGCAACUUUUAAUGUGAAAAAAGUGGAACUCCUGUGCCAUAAGAUUUAUGACCCCAACUAGUAUGUUUAGCACAGCUCAUAAAGCAUUACUUUUAAGAAGCUCAAAUAUCUUAAAAACAUAUGCAGUAAGGGCCUUUGUACAGUGGUACUUUUAUGGUGCAAUAUAUGGUAACUUGUGUAAUGUGAGCUAAAUGUGAUCUGUGGUUUGGUCUGUAAGAUUCAUUAAAUACGAAACAGAAUAAACUAAAAGGCAUUUAGUACUCA